CUUGUUGAAGCGUCUGUUUCCUGUUAGCAGUUACCUCGUUGUUUCACUUCAGAUCAGCGACAGUUUUCACUAAAUAAAGCUGAUACAAUGAGGCUGGUCAUUCUGGAUGACUAUGAUCUGUCCAGUGAGUGGGCAGCCAAAUACAUCCGCAACAAGAUCAUCCAGUUCCAGCCGUCCCCCGACAGAUGCUUCACUCUGGGGCUGCCUACAGGGGGCACUCCUUACGGCUGCUACCAGAAGUUAAUUGAAUACUACAGAAAUGGCGAUAUUUCUUUCAAAUAUGUGAAAACCUUCAACAUGGAUGAAUAUGUAGGUCUCCCACGAGCUCAUCCAGAAAGUUACCACUCCUACAUGUGGAACAACUUCUUCAAGCACAUCGACAUCGAUCCAGCCAACGCUCACAUCCUGGAUGGAAACGUAGAGGACCUGGAGGCCGAGUGUCAGGCCUUCGAGCAGCAGAUCGAAAAGGCCGGAGGCAUCGAGUUGUUUGUUGGAGGUAUUGGCCCUGAUGGUCAUAUUGCGUUCAAUGAGCCAGGCUCCAGCCUUGUUUCCAGGACCAGAGUGAAAACCCUGGCUAAGGACACCAUUGUGGCCAACGCUCGUUUCUUUGGUAACGACCUGUCCAAGGUUCCCACCAUGGCUCUCACUGUGGGUGUAGGAACUGUCAUGGCAGCCAAAGAGGUGAUGAUUCUGAUCACAGGAGCACACAAAGCCUUUGCUCUGUAUAAAGCCAUAGAGGAGGGGGUCAACCACAUGUGGACAGUAUCAGCCUUCCAGCAGCACCCACGCACCAUCUUUGUCUGUGACGAGGACGCCACGCUGGAGCUGCGAGUCAAGACUGUGAAAUAUUUCAAAGGGUUAAUGCAUGUUCAUAACAAGCUGGUGGACCCAGUGCUCAGUAUAAAGGACCAAUGAGACGAUGGUUGAAGGUUCCUGGAUCCAACACGAGUGGACAACAUUAUUACUGUGGUACUGUUCUAUACAGAGGAACUGCUGACUCCCGGUCAGCUUUGUACUAUGACUAUGUACUUUGUUAAUUCAUGGACUUUAAAGGACACUGGAUAAUGUUAGCCCCAGACAGUUCCGAUCCUCAGUGAGUGGGGAAAUGAUCAGGUUCCUUUUACAUUAAUAGCGCUUCUCCCUCUAAAGUUCCUUGUUUUGCAGUUUGUGUUUAAAGGGAAGUUCUAAAGUUUUGUUCACUUGGUUUUGUGUGGAAAUGAACCCAGAAUGUGGAUGAAACUGCUGUUUGAAAUAAUGUCCGAUGAAUUAAACAAUGUUAAAGGGCCCAUGAAAUGUUUUAAUCCUAUUAUCCCUUUGUUAACUGCUCAUCUAAAUCUUGGUCUUUUCUCUUCCUGUAAAACCCUUUGAACUGUUUGAUGACUCAUCCUGUACUCAGUUUGCAUCCAAUCAUAACGCAUUCUGGAAUUUUUGAUUUCUUCCCAAAAACUGUCAAUUCAACCAGUCAGCGACCGGUACACAGGGACCUACGCUUUGUGAUUAAACCACAGACGUAGUGAAGGAGGAAGUCUUUUUUCUUGACUGGACAGAGUAAUCAAGCACAGUGUGUAUACACGGUAUAUGAUAUGCUGUCUUGACGAUUAUGGUAUUUUAAUUUAAAAGCUAUUAUGAAACUUCCUUCACUCAAACGAAUGCCAUUUAAAGUACCUUUGUCUUUAGUCAGACUUGCUUUCGUAUGUUUAUUGCAAGGAGGUAAACGGGAUGUGAACUCCAAAUGGCUCCUCCACUGACAGCCACUACUGCGCACUAACGUUUACAUGGACUUAAGAAACAAUACCCUCUUUUAAUUGUUACAAAAUAAUCUCAACUCAAGCCCCAACUAUCAGUUUUGUCACGCCUGGUUGAUGACCUUUGACUUUUUUACAAAUGGAUGCAGUGAAUGGUUUAGUUUUGAUGUUUGCAGCCUGUAGCUUUUACAGUGUUUAUCCAGUCCCUUGAAGACUGAGAUGCGGUUGAAAAGUCUGAAAAAGCCACUAAUUAAACUUUGAGUUGAGAUUAGUUUGUCACAUCGACAGAUCCCUCGGCCACCAAUGAACCUCAGAGUUACAAACACCAUUUUUAGUUUAGUAUUGAGCAGUGUUUUAGCUUCACAAGAUUCAAUGACAUUUGAAUUGAGAGAAUGUAAGAGUAACAGUUCGAGGACAUUAUUUAUUGUAAGUUGCUUUGGAUAAAAGCGUCAGCUAAAUUAAAUGUAAUGCAAUGUUAUUCACCCAUGUCAUAUUUGUAAAUGCUUUGAAACAUU